UACCUAACACCCAGAGAUAUCUAUUAUUGUGGCAGUUGAGAUGCUUACACACAACGUUGGUCCCUGAACUUCAUAUAAUAUUUCAGUUAAAUUGCCAGUUAAUUACCAAUUCAUUUUUCGGGCGUAGCUUUCCCAAAAUGCAUUGCGUGUAUAUAUAGUCAGCAGUAUUGUCGGACUAAGAAAUCAAAAGUGAAUCGGUCUCAGCUCGUAAAGAAACUAAUGAGCCAGCCAAAACCGAUAAUGGCUUAUCAGAGAUCGAAUAGAGGCGAGCAGGAGUGGAGGGUCGGGAGUAUCGAUAGAAACCAGAUGGAUAUGUUGAUCCAAAUCCGGGGCUCUCCUGGUCAGCUCCGCGAAUUGUUUCAAGGUUCACCAGGGGGUCAUUAUGGAACAACAAGAUCAAUUAGAGGAAACGAUCGUUCAAUCUGUGAACCUGACUAUUCCAGUAACUCAGCUAUGGGUUGUAGGGAAGAAAGAAGGACUGAUGGAGAAGAAGAAGAGGUUCUUGCCUUAUUGGUUCUAUUCACUGGAUUGUGUAGUGAUAUAUGAGUUUCCGGGGUGCAAUUGAGAGAACUAGAAAGCGAAUCAAGGGAUGCAAAGAUCAGAAAAGCACACCAAAAGCAGUGUUGUGGUGGCUGUUGCAUAAUCUUCUCUCCGUUGUUAAAGCUAGUGCUAUGCUUAUCCGGGGUGUUAAGUUGCUGCUUUUAGCUCUUCAAGAGAGUCAAAUAAGGGAGCUAUACAUACAUAAGAACUUAUAUAUAGCUCUUCAAAACAUGUUUAAGAGCCAGAAACUUGGAAAAAUAAAAAUAAAAACAAAAAAAGAUGCUACUUUCCAGAAAAUGUGCGAGUAGCUAGGACUGAAGUGCGGUGCUUUCUUGGUCCAAUUAAAUGUAAAACUCUUUUAUCUAUAUUCUAUACCUGUUGUGAGUGAUUAGGUAUGAUUUUUGUAUUAGC